AUGAUGGAAAAAUAAAAUCAAGAAAUUUAAAUUUUUGAUCUUGAUAAACAAAUUAUUUAAAUGAACUAAUAUGAAAAAUCCAUUUUGAGUUAAAAUAAUAUAUAAAAUUCUAUUAGAAGCAAUAUAAAAUUAAAAGACAUUUAAGUACUAUCACAUCUUGGAAAGGGAACCUUUGGACAAGUUUUCAAAGUAAUUCAUUCUAAAAAUAUAUUAGGUAAUUUAUAAAAAUAAAAUAUAUGCACUAAAAUAGUAAUUGAAAUAAUAAGUGCUUUAAGAUGUUAAGUACAUAUAAAGUGAAUUAAGUAUAAUGAAAUAUUUAAAUCAUCCGUUUGUUGUUAAACUUUAUCAUUCUUUUCAAGUGAAUAUAUAUUCUUAUUUAUUAGACUUAAAAUUACCUCUACAUGCUCUUAGAAUAUUGCGAAAACGGAGAUCUUACUAAUUAUAUGGCAAAAGGUACCAUCAUAUAAGAAUCCUAAGCCAUUUUCAUUAUAGCCUAAAUUAUUCUUGCUUUAGAAUAUCUACAUUCUUUAAAUCUGAUAUAUAGAGACUUAAAACCAGAAAAUGUGAUGAUUACAAACAAUAAUUAUAUAAAACUAAUUGAUUUUGGAUUAUCCAAAGAAGGCUUUAACAUAACUCAUACAUUUUGUGGAUCACCAGCAUAUUUAUCUCCUGAAUUAUUAAAUGGUUAGGGAGUAACAUAAAGCACAGAUCUAUAUACAAUGGGUUUAUUGCUAUAUGAAAUGUUAUCUGGCUAUCCUCCACAUUUUAGUAAUAAUAUAAGAUUGUUAUUAAAUGGAAUACAAAAUGAAGAACUUAGAAUUCCUAAAAAUUUUUCAGGAUCUGUAAAAAAUUUUUUAGAAUAAGUUAUUACAAAAGAUCCAUUUCAAAGAUUAAAUAUUAAGCAAAUUAAAAAUCAUAUUAUAUUUGCCGAAAUUGAUUGGUCAAAAUUAAAAUCAUAAGAAUAUUUAGCACCAAAAUUAAAAAAAAAAGAGAUUAAUAAGUAAUAUUAGAUUGUAAAAUUAAUUGAUCAUGACUAUCCUUCAGAUGGUGAAAGAAUCAAUGAAGUUUUUGGCUGGGAUUAUUCUAGCUAACAUUGA